AUGUCAGGUAUAUUCAAUAGCAUUACAGAGACAGCCAAUGAACUUGGUAAUAUCAUUGAAAAGGAAAUAACUAGUAGUGUUUCAAAAGGUAUUCUCAAGAUCAGAACUGCUGUCUCAAAAGACAAGAAUCGUUUCAUCAAAGAUGGAUUCAACCUUGAUCUAUCUUAUAUCACAAAUAGAAUUAUAGGUAUGCAGUAUAGUUGA